GCCGCCACCAACCGUUUGUCCUGCGCCCUGCGCCCUGUCACCGUGCUGUCAAAGUUGGGUAAUUCAAGCCAACGCAUGUUUUUGUCAAGGUAAGAAUGUAAUCGUCUGCAUUCAUCCAUCUCCUUCCAUGGUCGUGCUCCCACUCGAACCGGAAGAAGUUGCCAUAGCUAUGGCUAUGGCGAUGGCUACGCUGCCACCAUCUAUCACCAACAUAUUCAUGCAUGCAUGCUCCUGCUGUGAACGCCGUCCAUAUGCCAAAAUGCAACCCCGCAAAUGCCCCUUCCGAUUCCGUGGUAUAUGUAACUCCGACUUAGAUCCCUUCCCAAUGCAGCGCUAAAUGCAAAAAUAUAUAUCAACUACUAGAAAAAU